CGGGCUGCUGGUGCCCAGCGGAACCCGAGGACUCGUGGGUCCAGUGCUGGCCGAGGGGGGUCGCUCAAUCCGCCGCCACCCACGCGUGGAGCCCCGGGCUGAGGAUACCGCUCACUCAGCACAGAACCCGCCCCGCGUCACUUUUACGUCAAGGCCUCGCGGCCAAUGAGAACCCGAGCCCAAGGAUUCUGACUCUGCGCGCGCCGGCCAAUCGACGCAUCGGCGGGAGCAGCAUGAUUUGCAUGGACUCCGAGGGCCAUUGCCAAUGAGACUGUGACUGGCGUGAAUCAUAGCCAAUAAUAGGCUGCUAGGGGCGUGGCCGCGGGCGUCCCACGAGGUAAAGAUGCUGCGGGCGGAACCUGCCGGAGCGAGCGGGAUUCGGGGGUGCUGAAGUCGCAAGGGCAGGGCGGGAAGGAAGAUCCGGAACGGGGCGUGGGAUCCGGAGCUGGAGGCCCCCAGGAUCUCCCCUCUGUGAAAAGGCACGCUGAUCUGGAUAAGUGAGGCCGGCCCCAUGUAUCCGGAAUCAACCACGGGGUCCCCAGCUCGACUCUCCCUGCGGCAGACAGGCUCCCCCGGGAUGAUCUACAGUACUCGGUAUGGGAGUCCCAAAAGACAGCUCCAGUUUUACAGGAAUCUGGGCAAAUCUGGCCUUCGGGUCUCCUGCCUGGGGCUUGGAACAUGGGUGACCUUCGGGGGCCAGAUCACGGAUGAGAUGGCAGAGCACCUAAUGACCUUGGCCUACGAUAAUGGCAUCAACCUGUUCGAUACAGCGGAGGUCUACGCUGCUGGGAAGGCUGAAGUGGUAUUAGGAAACAUCAUUAAGAAGAAGGGAUGGAGACGGUCCAGCCUUGUCAUCACCACCAAGAUCUUCUGGGGUGGAAAAGCGGAGACCGAGAGAGGCCUUUCCCGGAAGCACAUAAUCGAAGGACUGAAAGCCUCCCUGGAGCGGAUGCAGCUGGAGUAUGUGGAUGUGGUUUUUGCCAACCGCCCAGACCCCAACACGCCCAUGGAAGAGACUGUGCGGGCCAUGACCCAUGUCAUCAACCAGGGAAUGGCCAUGUACUGGGGCACAUCACGCUGGAGCUCCAUGGAGAUCAUGGAGGCCUACUCAGUGGCUCGACAGUUCAACUUGAUCCCGCCCAUCUGCGAGCAAGCCGAGUAUCACAUGUUCCAGAGGGAGAAGGUGGAGGUCCAACUGCCAGAGCUGUUCCACAAGAUAGGAGUAGGUGCCAUGACCUGGUCCCCUCUGGCCUGCGGCAUCGUCUCAGGAAAGUAUGACAGUGGGAUCCCGCCUUACUCCAGAGCCUCCCUGAAGGGCUACCAGUGGCUGAAGGACAAGAUCCUGAGUGAAGAGGGUCGCCGCCAGCAGGCCAAGCUGAAGGAACUCCAGGCCAUUGCCGAGCGCCUAGGCUGCACCCUACCCCAGCUGGCCAUAGCCUGGUGCCUGAGGAACGAAGGUGUCAGCUCUGUGCUUCUGGGUGCUUCCAAUGCAGAACAACUUAUGGAGAACAUUGGAGCAAUACAGGUCCUUCCAAAAUUGUCGUCUUCCAUCGUCCACGAGAUCGACAGCAUUCUGGGCAAUAAACCCUACAGCAAAAAGGACUACAGAUCCUAAGUUACCCCGCCCCUGCUCGGACAGUUCCCGGUUCCCUCUGCCCGCCCCCGCUCGGACAGUUCCACCCUCCUUGUCUCUCUUCGCUCGCUUCUGCUGUUUCAAAGCCAAAUGCAGAGUGUGGUUCACAUCCAAGGGGGGGAAAACACUAUGCCCAGACGUUACCGGAAACUGAUCUCCAAAGUCACCGCCAGAUGCCGCCUGCCGCUUCCUCACUGGAUACUGUCCGACGGAUGCCAGAAGAUGGCAUCAAUCAGGGAGACAUCCAGAGGCUCCCACCCAAGCCCACCACCUCUGCUUAUCCUUCAAGAAGAAACACUUGCCCCCAGCCAUGGCCCUUCAUGGGGAUUCUAGAAGCCAUGGCCGGGUGGAGGUCCUCAGAGCAGGCAGGGCUGGCCUCUCUGCCAAGAAACCUCUGUCUCAGCACAGGGGUGUGCACCCUUCUCCCAGAGUCCUGAUGGUGAGAGCAGGGCCUCCCUCUUUCCAGGGACAUCAGGCACUUUGUUCAAGGCUGACCUGGGAUCCCACUCUUCCCAGGCCUUGACCUGCCCCACAUGUGCACCGGGCCUUGGCUGGGAUUCUACCCAGCUGGCCCUUGGCGCCCACCCUUACCCUUGCUGGCAGGGGCAGGGAUCCCAGCUGGCUUUCCCAGCGUCUUCCGCCCUGCAUACAACUGCCGAGCCCCACAUGGAGCCCAUUGCAGAAUGCCUCUCAAGACAGACACUCAUGGACAAGUGUGGCAGCUGGCCCCACCACAGGCAGGUGGCAGCAGGCUGGGCCCAAGCCUUCACAGACCUUCCUCCAGUACCUCUGCUGUGCCCAGAGCAGUGGGCUCAUGAUGUGGGCUCUUGCACGGAUGAAGCACUUAGAGCCCCCUGGGGUUUCCAUUGAUGAAAGCUAAGGGACUAAGGGAGAACUUCAGUAAUAAUCUCUGUGUUGUAAGAAUAGAUCCCCCAGGGCCUCUCCCUGGGAAAAAAUGGCUAGGACCCCCAUUCCCUUCUGCGCACCCUCAUGCUGGCCCAGGGCGGGAUGGGGAGAGAGAGAGUGGGAAGGAUGGACAGCCCCUUUUCAGUGGGAGCCACAUGGGUGUUGGUGCCGGGAAGCCUGCAGGUUUGGGCAGCAAAUGCUGCCUGGAGGCCCAAUCCCAUGGUCUUGUGAUGCUCUGGGGGACAGGGUCCUACCCAGCUGGCUCCCUAGGAAACCAGCCUCCUGCCCUGGACAGGCUAUGGCCAGCUCCCAGACACAAGCCCUGGAUGCAUAGCACCCUGGCUUCGCCUUCUGUAGCUGCUAUUCCAAGGCUCCUCCCUGCUGUUCUUAAGGCUAGGCAGAGGUGAGAACUAGGGUAGGGUUAUGGGGAGUAGACAAGAAGAAAGGCAGACAGGGUGGGUAGCUUCCUCUCACACAUACAACCCCCCUCUGAAAAACCUGGGCUCUCAAACCUUCGCCGCUCAUAGAGCUGACCCCUGAGACCUCAGAAGCAGCCCUGUGGGUGUGGGGAUGGAGGACACUGGACUCUGGUACUUCCAUGCCUGCUAGAGGAGCCAGCUUCCUGGACAGGGCCCUGCAGUGGCGCAGCAGGAAGUACCAGACCUGUCCACACAGCUGGCCCUGGCCCUGCUUGCUAGGUGGGCCAGGCAUGCAGGGAUGCCCACAGUAGGAGCCGCUGCCUGCCUGUGAACCACACCUCAGAGCUACGCUCUGGCUGGGUAUGUGCAAGAAAUAGGAAAACAGUCUGCAGGGCUAAGGCCCACAGGAGCCCGAGAUGCAGAAGACAUUUUAACCAAGUGUUUCUGAGAUGUUUUCUUCCAUACACACUCUUGAAGAGUCGGGGAUUGGCUUCUUAAGCUUCUGUGGCGGGCUGUGGAGGAGGAGGGGCUUGGGAGGCCACAGAAGUCGAUCAAGUGCAGACAGCCCAUCACGGGGAGCUUGCCCCAACCCUCGAAGAGUCUGAGGCCAUCUCCUUCCUCCAUGGCCUCUCCUCCCUUUAGCCCAGCUGCCUGCUGGUCACCCCAAGCCAGCCUCUCUCCACCUUCUUGAAGCAGUCUGCCUGCCGGGCCUGGUGCAGGAGGAGAGCUACGUAGAGGAACAGAGCUGGCACCCAGCUCCUGCUCAUCCCAGACCCAAGGUCCUGAGGCACAGCAGGGCACCCGCGUGCCUGCUCUUGUGUACAUAAUGUGCUUUCUCUCCAUUUUAAUGGGCGUGGCUCCUCGCUAACUGCACCCCACCAGGCCGACGCAAACGCCUCCAGCUUCCCGACAGACUCAGACCAAGGUGCGGCCCGUAUUUAUGGAAUGGCAAAUAAAACCCGAGCCCUCUGGU